AGGCCGCGCUUGGGCCGCCGGGCCCGAGGCCGGAGCCAUGGGCGAGACCAAGAUCAUUUACCACCUGGACGGGCAGGAGACGCCGUACCUGGUGAAGCUGCCCCUGCCCGCCGAGCGCGUCACCCUGGCGGACUUUAAGGGCGUUCUGCAGCGACCCAGUUACAAGUUCUUCUUCAAGUCUAUGGACGAUGAUUUCGGAGUGGUGAAGGAAGAGAUCUCUGACGACAAUGCCAAGCUACCCUGCUUCAAUGGCCGGGUGGUAUCCUGGCUGGUAUCAGCUGAGGGCUCUCACCCAGAGCCAGCUCCCUUCUGUGCUGACAACCCAUCAGAGCUGCCACCACCCAUGGAGCGCACUGGAGGCAUUGGGGACUCCCGGCCCCCAUCUUUCCACCCUCAUGCUGGUGGGGGCAGCCAGGAGAACCUGGACAAUGACACAGAAACAGACUCUUUGGUAUCUGCCCAGAGGGAGCGGCCACGCCGGAGGGAUGGUCCCGAGCACACAACCCGGAUAAAUGGAACUUCAAAGGGGGAGCGGCGGCGAGAGCCAGGGGGUUAUGAUAGCUCGUCCACCCUUAUGAGCAGCGAGUUGGAGACCACCAGCUUCUUUGACUCUGACGAGGAUGACUCCACCAGCAGGUUCAGCAGCUCCACAGAGCAGAGCAGUGCCUCACGCCUGAUGAGAAGACACAAGCGGCGGCGGCGGAAGCAGAAGGUUUCACGGAUUGAGCGGUCUUCAUCCUUCAGCAGUAUUACGGACUCCACCAUGUCACUCAACAUCAUCACAGUUACACUCAACAUGGAAAAGUAUAACUUCUUGGGCAUCUCCAUUGUGGGCCAAAGCAAUGAGCGUGGUGAUGGAGGCAUCUACAUCGGCUCUAUCAUGAAGGGUGGGGCUGUGGCUGCUGAUGGACGCAUUGAGCCAGGAGAUAUGCUGUUACAGGUAAAUGAGAUCAACUUUGAGAACAUGAGUAAUGACGACGCAGUCCGGGUAUUACGUGAGAUUGUGCACAAACCAGGUCCCAUCACCCUGACUGUAGCCAAGUGCUGGGACCCAAGUCCACGUGGUUGCUUCACAUUGCCCAGGAGUGAACCCAUCCGGCCUAUUGACCCUGCAGCCUGGGUCUCCCACACUGCAGCUAUGACCGGCACCUUUCCUGCCUAUGGCAUGAGCCCCUCCCUGAGCACCAUCACUUCCACCAGCUCCUCCAUCACCAGCUCCAUCCCUGACACAGAACGGCUAGAUGACUUCCACCUGUCCAUCCACAGUGACAUGGCAGCCAUUGUAAAAGCCAUGGCCUCCCCUGAAUCUGGUCUGGAAGUCCGCGACCGUAUGUGGCUCAAGAUUACCAUCCCCAACGCUUUCAUUGGCUCAGAUGUGGUGGACUGGCUGUACCACAACGUGGAAGGCUUCACUGAUCGGCGGGAGGCCCGCAAGUAUGCCAGCAACUUGCUGAAAGCUGGCUUCAUCCGCCACACUGUCAACAAGAUCACCUUCUCUGAGCAGUGCUACUACAUCUUUGGCGACCUCUGUGGCAACAUGGCCAACCUCUCUCUCCAUGACCACGACGGUUCCAGUGGCGCCUCUGACCAGGACACGCUGGCCCCUUUGCCACACCCUGGGGCUGCUCCUUGGCCCAUGGCUUUCCCCUACCAGUACCCGCCGCCCCCGCACCCCUACAACCCACACCCUGGCUUCCCAGAGCUGGGAUAUAGCUAUGGUGGGGGCAGUGCCAGUAGCCAACACAGUGAAGGCAGCCGGAGCAGUGGCUCUAACCGCAGCGGUAGCGACAGGCGGAAGGAGAAGGACCCGAAGACCGGGGACUCGAAGUCAGGCGGUAGUGGCAGUGAGUCGGACCACACGACACGCAGCAGCCUGCGGGGGCCACGGGAGCGGGCACCGAGUGAGCGAUCGGGCCCAGCUGCCAGUGAACACAGCCACCGCAGCCACCACUCGUUGGCUAGCAGCCUGCGCAGCCACCACACGCAUCCAAGCUAUGGUCCCCCCGGCGUGCCCCCACUCUAUGGGCCCCCAAUGCUGAUGAUGCCCCCACCACCUGCAGCCAUGGGGCCCCCAGGGGCCCCCCCGGGCCGUGACCUGGCCUCUGUGCCUCCCGAACUGACCGCCAGCAGACAGUCCUUCCGCAUGGCUAUGGGAAACCCCAGUGAGUUCUUUGUGGAUGUGAUGUGAGCAGGGCCCCUACCCCCACCCUGGCCGCCUGCAUCCCUCUCGCCAUCCGUUUUUUCUUUGUUUUUUUUUUAACUUUGGUACAUGAAAGGGAAAUAAACAGAACUAAAUCCAGGCGCGCUAACUGCUCGAGGGGCACAUCGAGGGUGCAGUGCACCCACAAAUUGGCUCUGCAUCCCCCUAA